GCAUUUUGAUGCUGUAGUACCUAUGUCGACAAUUCCGACUUCUUAGGUUUCCAGAGCUUCCAAAUCAUGUUUCGUACAAUCGUGUUGAUUGUUUGAUAUGUCGCUUUUAGGCAAUUAGUGUUACAUUCUUCGCAGAGCCAGUGCAAACUGAUACAUUGCUUUCCCAUCAUCAUCAUUUUCUCUGGCAAACACCAUUUGGGUUGAUUUAAGCACGUCGACUGUUGAAAGAAGAAUUGAUUUAGUGAUUCAAGCCGAACUUUUCAGGGAUUCAUAGCUGGUAUCGCUUAUUGGAAUGUAUAUUCGCAACUAGGUUAGGGGUGCACCAGAACGACGGAGGAGAGAAUGCUAUCAAGUCUCUACAUACCCAAAACGAUCAUGAGACUUCGAAUACCACGUCAAGUCCGAUAUAAAGACUUCAAUCUCAAGGCUCUAAUUCUGCUUUGCAUACUUGGCAUAUUUUGGACAUGUAAAUCGACAUCAUUUCUCGACCACGUGGGUUUUGAAUCGACUCUAAAACCGAUCACGGAAUAUGGAAUCCAGAAAAAUUCUCUUGUCGCUCGUCAUUUCAUCAAAGUACCUGUUUCUGAAGAUGAUUUUGGUGAGAUGGGAAGAAGAAUUCAGAUACUCACAGGAUGGUUAACUCAAAUCGGCAUGGAGAGUAACCUAAUCGCCACCAAGCCAUUUUUGGAGUACGAAGCACUAGUAGACAAGACUGUCACCUCUCUUUUCCCUUUCAUACAGAAAAGGACUGAAUUGCCGAACCGAAAUCCCACCACCUUCGUCAAUCUCAGGAAAUCAUUCGUGCCCGGCUCCCGCGGCAUCGUAAUACCUACAGGCAUAAAAACAUUCCGCUACACAUGCCAUCUUAUCCUCAACCUCCGUCUCAUCCUCAAAUCAACAUUGCCUAUACAGAUAGUCUAUGCCGGCAAUUCGGAUCUCCCACCUCAAUAUCGCUCCGCUCUUCUAUCUCUCUUUUCCACUCACUAUAUUGGAGCAAUCGAAUUCUUGGAUUUAACAAAGAUCUUGGAUGACACAACGCUGCAGUUAUCGGAUGGAAUGAGCAAAUGGGCCAUCAAACCGUUUGCACUCUUAGCCUCAACCUUCGAACAGGUAAUUUUGGUCGACUCUGACGCUAUUUUUCUCCAGCCCCCAGAAACUAUUUUGGAUACGCAUGCUGCAUAUGCGAAAUCAGGGACUUUGUUCUUUCAUGAUAGACUGGUUGGGAAGAAUUCUUAUAGAUAUCGUCAUGAAUUUUGGCGUUGGCAAAUGAAAGAUCACACCCCCAGCCGUACAUUUCGCAAAUCUCGAGUGAUGAAUGAGAAUUUUGGACAGGAGCAGGAUUCCGGCGUGGUAGUAUUGGAUAAAGGGAGAUUGGGGGUUCUUAUGGGAUUACUGCAUGCGUGUUGGCAGAAUACAUAUGUAGUGAGGGAAUUGAUUACGUAUCGGAAUACGCAUGGGGAUAAGGAAGCUUAUUGGCUGGGUAUGGAGUUGAGUGGAGUGGAAUAUACUUUCGCUGAGAAUUAUGGGGGUAUUAUUGGGGGGCAAGUAUGGAAUGUGACGGAUGGUAUAAGAAGGGAGGAUAUUUGCGGGAGUGCUAUUGCACAUGUGGAUGAGAAGGGUGACUUGUUGUGGUUUAAUGGGGGGUUGGUGCGGAAAAAGAGUGAUAAUGAGGGGAAGAUGACUUUUAUGGAAGUAAACGGACAUAUGAGAUGGUCGUUGAAUGGCCAUUGGAGGUGGAAUCGAGAUGGGAAUAAAUGGGAUGCGGCGUGUAUGGAUGGUGGAGCGAUCAGGGCUUUGAGUGUAGGCGUCAAGGAGAUUAUCGCAGGAAGUGUAGAGGAAGCGAGGGGUGUAGAUGAUAGAUUUGCGGAGUUGAUGGGGUUGCUGGAACCUAAAGUGGUGCACAAAGAGGGAAAACAUCAGACUUCCGUGGGUGGAGUUGGAGUUGGGGCUGGAUUUGAAAGAGCAGAUGACUACAACGUUUAAGACACCAAAUUCUAGCAUCUCACAUCGCAGCACUUCAAAUGACAUUGUAUACUGAGUACGCGCUGCAUGGGUAGUAUUGAGAUCAUAUACAACGGCUAAGUGAAAGUAGGAUCCCCGGAUCUCUCAUGUGGGCUCUUUGAAUUUGCAAACGAAAGA